CAACUGACUCAGCCUGUGCAGCGGUCUUGCUCUCGGUUCCUCUCGUGCUCCAUAACAACAAAAUGUCAAGUAUAGACGAUCUUUUCAAAAGCCACAGCGGCGCGAAGCGCAAGUUCGAAAAUCCCAUCGAAGCCGACCCGUCGCAAGCCUACAAAUCCGCGAAACUACAAGGAGAUGGCGACGUAAAGCGCUCGGCGCAAGUAGAAGAUGAGGACGAGGACGAUGAGGCAGGGCCUGCACUUCCACCCGAUUUCGAAGAUGAAGAGCCUGGCGAUGACGAGGAUGGUAGAUUCUUUGGCGGCGGUCUGGACGAGAACGCGAAGGAUGCUAUGGAUUUCUUGGAUGCACAAGACGGAGAAGAUGUAAUACGAGAGGAAAAGUACGACGCAGCAUGGGUGCGCAAAUUGGCGCGCGACUUUGAGAAGAAGGUCAACAAGAAUGCUUCAUUACGCGCAAAGUACGAGAGCGAUCCUUCAAAGUUCAUGGAGUCAGAAGGAGAUCUAGACGAUGGCAUUAAGGAUAUGAGCAUACUUUCAGAGCACGCAGAGCUAUACGAGGAGUUCGCAAACAGCACAGCGGCCGCCAAGCUCGUCGAGCUGCUUGCACACGAGAACACAGAUAUCGCGAUUGCUGCAAUAGAGAUCAUAUCAGAGCUCACGGAUGAAGACGUAACUGCAGAGCAAGAGCAGUGGGAUGCGCUGGUCGCAGCAUUUCUGGAGGCUGAUCUGCUCAGCUUGCUGAUCUCUAACUUCUCGCGCUUCGACGAAAACGACUCGACCGACGCCUCUGGUGUAUACCACUCUCUCAGCGUUCUCGAGAACUUGCUGUCACAGCCUUCGAAUACCGACAUGAUAGGGAGGGAGAAAGCGCUCGUCGCUUGGCUCCUGGGGCGCAUACAGAAACCGGAAAAGCCCACCACACAGAACAAGCAGUACGCAUCCGAGAUUCUCUCCAUCCUUACACAAUCAUCGCGACCAAACCGAACGCUCAUUGCCGAAGCCAACGGCGCCGAGAUCUUCCUCACAAAUCUUGCGCCCUACCGAAGGGAUGACCCGGAGAAGGACAGCGACGAGGAAGAAUACAUGGAGAACCUGUUCAACUGUCUGACCUCCGUGGUCGAAGAGCCAAUUGGGAAGACACAGUUCUUGGAAGCCGAGGGCACAGAGCUCUGUCUAUUGCUCGUGCGCGACGGGAAGACAAGCAAGAGCAGAGCACUCAAGGUGCUAGAUUAUGCGUGCGCCUACGCAGAAGCGCCCACCUCGAAUGGUGCCAGCGCUGAUGACGCUUCUCCGCCCGCACAUGUCGGCGUUUGCGAAAGAUUUGUUGACGCACGCGGCCUGAAACCACUCUUUAGCACAUUUAUGAAGACGAAACGGCCAGAUCCUAGCCAGACAGAACACAUUCUCGGAAUUUUCUCCUCACUUCUCCGUUCGCUGCCAGGAAACAGCGACUCUCGGUUCCGACUGCUGGCGAAAUUCCUCGAGAAUGACUUCGCCAAGAUCAACAAGCUCAUCACACUGCGACGCGAGUACGUUACUAGGCUCUCCACCUUCGAUAAGAGCCUGGAAGGCCGGAAGAAAGGGCUGACUGCAGAGGAACGCGAUGAGCUGGAAGCAGAAAACACUCCAUUGCGAUUGAGCGAGGGGUUGUACGCAUUGCAGAGGAUAGACGCUACGCUUGGGUGGUUAGUGGCGGAGGAUGAAGGAGCAAAGAAGGCCAUCAUUCAAGGGUUAGCGGAGACAGAUGAGACUCUGGCAGACGUCAAGAGAACGCUGCAGGCGCAACUGGAUGGAGUACUGGAGGUCGAGGCUGCGGAGAGAGAAGUUCUAGAGGCGCUUGUAGGGUUCCUGGAUUGAUCUCAUCAGGAAUAUGGUAUCAGUUGGAAAUCGAUAUCAGAGCUGCGUUGAGAAGGUCAUGGAUAGGAAGCCCUACCUUGACGAUCAUGACCCUGGCUAAUAAGAGGUCUUUGUACUUUAUAAGUGGACUUGCAAUGACGACGGUAUGUCGGGCACUAUCUUCGAUAAAUGUGACCAGGCAGGAUGUAACAGCAUGUCUUGCACCCUACGGUCCCAACAAGAAAACCGCAAGACACCUACCCCGUCUUACGUGAUCACCAAAAAUCCUCACUGUGAGCAUCUUGCAUUUGGAAAUCAGAAUGGAAGCCCAGUGAUCCGAUGAUAAUU